ACAUCAGUCACUUGAUAAAAUUUACUUGUAUAAAUAGUUUGCUACUAACCUGAUUAUCGUUAUGAUAUUGAAGACUGCUGGCAUACUAUCUCGACGAUUCCUGUUCACCACUGCGACUACAAAGAUGAGCUCUACUGCAAAAAAAUUAGAUGGCAGAAUUGCAAUAGUAACAGCUUCAACAGAUGGAAUUGGCUUUGCGAUCGCCAAGCGAUUAGCUGCAGAUGGAGCACAAGUUGUUGUUAGUAGUAGAAAACAGAAGAAUGUUGACGCUGCUGUUGCUAAACUAAAAAUGGAAGGGCUAACUGUCACUGGAAUGGUUUGUCAUGUUGGUUUGAAGGAAGACAGGGAAAAACUGAUUGAAAAAACUGUUUCUCUUUUUGGAGGACUAGACAUUUUGAUAAGUAAUGCUGCAGUAAAUCCUGUUUUUGGACCAGUGCUGAGCUGCCCUGAAGAUGCCUGGGACAAAAUUUUUGACAUUAAUGUAAAGACAGCUUUUUUACUGGCUAAGUCUGCUGUCCCUCACAUGGAAAAGAGAGGGAAAGGAUCCAUCAUCUUCAUCUCUUCAAUUGCUGGAUUUCAGCCAUUCUCAGCUCUAGGGGCAUAUUCUGUAAGUAAAACGGCACUACUAGGCUUAACGAAAGUGCUAGCACAAGAAGUUGGACAUAGUGGCAUCCGCGUGAACUGUAUUGCACCUGGUGUCAUUCAAACCAAAUUCAGUUCAAUGUUGGUAGACAACGAUGCCGUACGUAACAAAGUCCUUGAGGGCAUACCGCUUCAAAGGAUUGGACAACCAGAAGAUAUGGGAGGAUUGGCUUCCUUUUUGUGCUCCGACGACGCUUCUUUCAUAACCGGGGAAAAUAUUAUUGCCGCUGGUGGAGCUCAGUCAAGACUUUAAAUCACAUACAACGUAUUUUUGUAUCAUAG